GAGCUGGCGCUCUCUCAUUCACAGUUUUCUAGAGAGAUCUGAGCCUGAACCUGGGAGCCGGGAGAUCUUUCUCACCCGCCCAGCUCAACAGCAAGGACACCUACGGGGGGGGGAAUAUCCCACGCAGCCCCCCCGCCACCCCAAGGCAAGGCUGCCUGGCUCUAUGCAGUAAGUGAUGGAAUAAACAACACUUUCCUUUGGAUGGAUUAUACUACAUAUGAACUGCAUGUUGCUCUUUCUGCAAGAAUAAGAAAAAGCCUUCCACUUUCAUCUGUUAGAUAUCAGCUUGAUAGCAAAAAGCUUCUGAAUGGCUCACACUCAUUGCAGACCAUUAGUUAAAUGGGAUCAGCAUUUCUCCAUCUAAAAUAUCUGAAGUGAAGAAUUUGGAAAAGAGGUUUUCGCAGAGAUGACCCAUUUACAAGCUGGACUUAGUCCAGAGACUAUAGAGAAAGCCCGUCUGGAACUGAAUGAAAACCCAGACAUUUUGCAUCAGGAUAUCCAGCAAGUCAGGGACAUGAUCAUCACAAGGCCUGACAUUGGGUUUUUACGUACAGACGAUGCCUUCAUCUUGAGAUUUCUCCGAGCCAGAAAGUUCCACCAAACUGAGGCCUUCAGACUGCUGGCUCAGUACUUCCAGUACCGCCAGCUAAAUCUGGAUAUGUUCAAAAACUUCAAGGCUGAUGAUCCAGGAAUCAAACGGGCUCUCACAGAUGGAUUUCCAGGAGUACUGGAAAAUCGUGAUCACUGUGGCAGGAAGAUUCUUCUGCUUUUUGCAGCCAACUGGGAUCAGAGUAGGAACUCCUUCAUAGACAUCCUUCGGGCAAUUCUGUUGUCCUUGGAAGUUCUCAUCGAAGAUCAGGAGCUCCAGAUAAAUGGCUUCAUCCUAAUUAUAGACUGGAGUAAUUUCUCCUUCAAGCAAGCCUCCAAGCUUACACCAUCUAUCCUCAAACUGGCCAUUGAAGGGUUACAGGACAGCUUUCCUGCCCGUUUUGGAGGAGUCCAUUUUGUCAACCAGCCCUGGUACAUCCAUGCCUUGUACACACUAAUCAAACCAUUCCUCAAAGACAAGACAAGAAAAAGGAUCUUCCUCCAUGGUAACAAUCUGAACAGCCUUCACCAGCUAAUUCACCCUGAAUGCCUGCCCUCUGAAUUUGGGGGGACGCUUCCUCCUUACGACAUGGGGACGUGGGCUCGAACAUUACUUGGGCCCGACUAUGGAGAUGAGAACGAAUACACUCACACCUCCUACAAUGCAAUGCAUGUGAAGCAUGCGUCCUCCAACCUGGAGCGGGAGGCCUCACCCAAGCCCAUGAAGAGGUCUCAGUCUGUAGUGGAAGCCGGCACGCUGAAACAUGAAGACCAAGGUGAAAACGAGAACACCCAGCCGCUGCUGGCUCUGGAUUGAGUUCCAAAUCACUGAACACCCACAACUACAUUAACAGACUACAGUACCAGAAACUCACAGAGCACUUGACACACUUUGCACACACACAUGCACACACACAUCUUGCUUGAAAACAGGUCCUCCUUCAUUUUUCUAGACCAAGUAACAACUGUCAUCAGCCAUCUAUCUGUGUGGCCAAAGCUGAACAAAAAGGCAGAAAUUUCUUUUGACACAGGAUGCAAAGGAUGAAAAAGCAGGAGCCUGUCCAUAAACAAAAAAUUCGUUUCUUCAUUUUUUUUUGAUUUAUGGCAUUAAAAUAUUGGAAAUAAUGGGAUUGCAUUUUUUGUUUAAAGAAACCAGGGUGUGUCAGUAGAAGUUUUCUUGAAAUCUCCAGCAGGGAUGCUCAGUUUUACAGAAGCUAAGGUUAAAUGUAUUUUAAAGAAAAGCAUCUCAAAUUUAAAAUGUGCACUGUAAUUGGCAGUUUAAUGUAAUUCAGAGGGCAGAAAUAACAGCAUUUCCAACAUGCUUUAGUUUUAUGGAAGGAUUUGUGCUUCCUUUUUUAAUUAAAAAAAAAAUCAAUGCCAAUAUAACGCGAAUCAACACAACACACUCUGAUUGCAUCAUCCACACUGCUUAUAGGGGUCACUUAUUUCAGUAUCCAUCAAAAAUUAUUCUUAACUUUUGAAGCCCUUAUAAAACUGUCAGCUAAAUGUAAUGAGCUAUGUCGGCAGCAGACACACACAAUUUGAAAUGCAAUUAUUUAAUUUUAACGAUGUGUUUUUCCACAGGCAACUCUGCAGCCUGCUAGUAAGAUGUGUGCGUGCAUGUGUGUGUGCGUGUGUGCAUGUGUGUGUGAAAGGGGGUGGUAGGGAGACUCACUGGACACAUUCAUCAGUGAUUAAUGGCUCAGUCCAGAUUUUUUCAUUUAGGUCACAACUGCAAAUGAAAGCUCUGCAGAGCCAUUUAACCCUCCUCCCUCCUGCAGUCAGUGGAAGGUGUAGCCAGAGGGGUAUGCUAAUUGCAGAUGUGGGCUGUGGUUAAAAUGGAAAAGGAAAACUUUAAAAUUAAUUAUUUAGUAUAAGCUUCUGCUAGAAGGAAAUAUGAAAGAACAGAACAGAAGAACUGAAAUGCCAAAGAUCAGUUUGUUAUUUCUCUAUUUGCUCUACCUGCAAAAGGAGUCCCAUCUCUUCACUGAAAUGGAAGCCAGACUAAAGAAAUAAAAGAAAAACCGUUAUCAAA